UAUAUUAGGAGUCAAACAAAGACCAAAUCCGAAUCUGAAAUAAUGGGAGAGCUAUUGCCGCUGUCGCACUGUUUAACUCCGCAUCGCCAGCUCCGGUUUCACGAUCCCACCGAUCGGGCAUACACGCGCUUCUUGAGCACCAGACCGGAGCUUCCUGUAUCGUCUAGACCGGUUCGUGCUCAGCGGCUGCGGAGCCGGAUUUCCAGGCGGACGGGGACGGUUAGGGUUGUUUCCGACUCCAAACCCCCCACCCUCAUUUUCGAAUCCGCCGGCGGUAAGGAGAUCGAUAUCGAGCCGGAUUCUAGCGGCAACGACGGUGGAUUAGGCGGUGGGAGAGGAGGAGAAGGCGGCGGCGGAGGAGGAGGAGGCGGCGGCGGCGACGAUAGUAAUAUUGACGGGCCUGAAGGAGGAUCGAGCGAAGGCCACAGCGGCAAGCAGAAGAUGUCUAUGUCCUUGUCUCAGAAAUUGACGCUGGGCUACGCUGCCCUCGUUGGAGUGGGUGGAGCUAUGGGCUACUUGAAGAGUGGCAGCAGAAAGUCACUGAUGUCUGGUGGACUGUCUGCAUUACUUCUGUAUUAUGUUUAUACCGAGCUUCCCGCAAGGCCAACUUUUGCAUCUUCCAUUGGAUUUGGCCUUUCUGCUGCUCUUCUGGGAGUAAUGGGUUCCCGAUUUAAGAAGUCAGGGAAGAUAUUUCCGGCUGGUGUCGUAUCCAUUGUGUCCCUUGUUAUGAGCGGUGGAUACCUCCAUGGAAUUUUGCGCGGCAUGCACUGAAAAUGUUUUGGAUUGUGCUUGAGGAAUGUAACUAGACUUCAGGACUUGUUUCUGUCUUUUCUGCUUCCUUCCCCCUUCCCUCCUGAAUGAUUCCUCAAAUGGACUCUUAGUUGCUAGUUCUGUUCCAUAUGUACACGUAAAACUCUGGUUUAUGACAUUAAUAAAUCGUUUGCUUAAAGGCUUUGGGACUUA